AUGCCGAAUGAAAUUAAGGAUAUCCGCACUGUCGACGAGACUUCUUUCCCCUACAUUUUCGAGCAAAAUGUCACUGUGCCUCUCAAGGUAGCUGAUGGGCUCAUUCGGUGUAAUGUGUACCGACCCAAAGGUUCUGAGUCUGUCCCCGUCUUGGUGACCUAUGGACCGUAUGGAAAGGAUAUUCACUACAAGGACUUUCACGCGAAGUCCUACUCCGAGGUCAACCCCAGCCAUAAAUCCGACCACUCAGCCUGGGAAACCCCAGACCCAGGCUUCUGGACCUCGCAUGGCUAUGCCAUAGUCCGCGCCGACGAAAGGGGCCUCGGCCAAUCCCCUGGCGUGCUGGACACAAUGUCGCGCGGCACAAGCGAAGCCUUUUUCGACGUCGUCGAGUGGGCAGCUUCGCAGCCAUGGUCAUCGGGCAAGGUCGGUCUUCUCGGCAUCAGCUACUACGCAGGCAGCCAGUGGCGCGUGGCCGCCCGCAAACCCAAGGGUCUUGCCGCGAUCAUCCCGUGGGAGGGCAUGUCGGAUUACUAUAGGGACAGAUGCCGCCACGGAGGCAUCUUGUCCAAUGGCUUCAUUAAAUUCUGGUGGAACCGGCAGGUGAUUACGAACCAGUACGGACGUCCGGGGCGAAAUGCGAGGAAUUGGGGCCCCGACACGAUUGAGGGCGAUCUUCCCGAGGAGGAACUCGCUGCCAACAGGAAUGACCAAACGACGGAUACUGCUGCGAAUCGCUUUCGUGAUGAGCCUUAUUAUGCCUCCAAAGAGUAUGAUAUGGGCGACAUCGAGGUUCCGCUCCUCUCCGUCGGCAACUGGGGAGGUAUCCUCCUUCAUUUGCGUGGCAAUGUCGAGGGCUACACCCAUGCUGGCUCGAAGUUCAAGUAUCUUCGGAUGAUCACUGGUCGCCAUGAUCUUCCAUUCUAUUAUGAUGAGGAAGUCGAAGUGCAGCGCAGCUUCUUGGAUGCCUUCCUCAAAGGCGAAGAUAGAGUCGGGUGGUCUGUCCCUGGAAAAGUCCCGCCGGUAGACCUGGUUCUCCGUAAAGGAAACGUGGGUUUCAAUGACGCGGAGGCCGAGAAGGCGUAUUCUCGUCGACAAGAAAAUGAGUGGCCGAUUGCGCGCACCCAGUAUACGAAGUUCUUUCUCACAGCAUCCCAGGGCUUGAUGUUGGAUGAGGCGGCUGCACAGGAGAGGAAGAAACUGUCGUACCGUGCACUAGGUACCAUGGAGAAGCCCGAACUUAUCCAGUUUGCCACCGAACCUUUUGGGACAGAGACAGAGAUCACCGGGCACAUUGUCGCACAUCUUAACGUCUCCGUUAGCCCCGACCCCUCUGGGCCUACGCCCAGUGAUAUCGACCUUUUCGUAACGCUCCGCCAUAUCGGACCCGAUGGAAACGAAGUGUUCUAUACUGGCACUGCCGGGGACCCAGUUCCCUUGACGAAGGGCUGGCUAAGGGUAAGUAUGCGAAAGGUCAAUAAUGAACAUCCCAAACACCGCGAAUGGCUGCCCCAUAGGGAUUAUACCAGCAAGGAUGUCCUGCCCGUCAUCCAGGGCGAGGUUUACGCCGUUGAUAUUGAAGUGUGGCCGACGAAUGUUAUUGUCGAGAAGGGCGGCAAGCUUAUCUUCGAGGUGGCGUCGGGGGAUACUCAGGGCUCGGGUAUCUUCCUCCACGACGACCCCAACGACAGGUCUACUGAGAAGUUCCAGGGUACAAAUCACAUUCACUUUGGACCGCAGUUUGUCAAUUAUGUUACACUUCCUGUGAUUCCUCCGAAGGAGUAA